CACACAGACAGACACGGACGCUCCAGAGCCGCGAGCUGGGGACGGCUUGCUUCCGAGACGCGCGCGAGCUCUCUCUGAUUUGCCGCGCCGUUAAAGCUGACAGAGCAUCCACCUGGAGACUGUAACCUGGAGACGGGGAGGAUUUAGACGUGGGCAUCAACUUUUUGAUAGAAUUCUCACAUUUUCUUUUCUGGAAUAACAAACACAGCUGUUAUUAACUAAAAAAAAAAAACAACAACAAGGAUUUCUCCUCAUAAAUGAAAGAGAAGCGGGGGACGUUCAAUUUUGGAACAAUGUCAGAAAAAAACAGUCAGUGAAUACAUUCGGGAUUUUCUGAACCCAUUUUACGCACUGGGAACUAACGGACAUUGUGAACUCCUCUCUGAGUUUCCCCUCAUGCUCUCGCACACGUUUAAUUCGCUCAGAAAAAGGUGGAAUCUCCGUGUAUAAUAAUGUGUUUUGAGGACUUAUCCUAGGACUUAUCUCCAGGCUUUUGGGAUUGAUGAAUGCCCCGUGAACGCACCGAGCUUUGACCGCUGACAGUAUGCAUCAGAAGGACUGGUAACUUACUCAAGGUUCUUGUGAAUCUCGGGAUCGACCGAUGCAGUCAUGGGAAGAUCGCUGGACCUUUGAGAGCAACCUUCCUCUCCCUCCUCCUCCUCUUCCACCACCACAUCCUCUUCCUCCCCACCCCACCUCCUUUUCUCCCACAUUUGUCGAACGCAGCUGGAAGUUGAGUCCUCCGAAGCAAGAUAACCGGCCAUCGAUACCUUCUCCUAUCAUCUGCAAACCAUGACAAGCCCUGUUUUUUGGAUUUGCGGCCAAGCAAGAUGGCCUCUCCCAGUGCUAUUCCUGUAUUUCGCUCCUUUGUUGCUGAUGGGGGAAUGGUGCCACGCAGCCCCCUCAGGCCCAGAGUCUGACUCCUGCUCCACCCUAGUCCAGAGCCGCUUUUUCGGCUUCUUCCUGUCAUCAUCAGUAUUCCCCUCCACACCUUGUUCCUGGACGCUACAGAACCCUGAUCCGCGGCGCUACACCAUCUUCAUCAAGGUCACCAAACCUACUGAGAAGUGUGUGCCGUCACAGCUCCGCACCUUCCAGUAUGACUCUUUCCUGGAGACCACACGUACCUACCUGGGCAUGGAGAGCUUUAACGAGGUGGUCAAGCUGUGCGAUACCUCAGCCCCGGUGGCCUUCCUGGAGGCCGGAAAGCAGUUCCUCCAAAUGAGGAAGGGUCCUCCUCGGGCAGGCACGCCCGCCGCUGAUGGCGACGGGGAUUUCAAAACAGAGUACCUGGUGGUGGGAAAGCGCAACCCCAGCAUGGCGGCCUGUCAGAUGCUGUGCCAGUGGCUGGAAGACUGUCUGGCCUCUAGCACGUCGAACAGGCCCUGUGGCAUCAUGCAGACUCCAUGUAUGUGCUGGGAGCCACCUCCACAGCUCAGUGAGGGGGAUAGCUGUUAUCACAAUGGAGUUUACCUGGAGAACUGUUUACCAAGUGUGAAAGAAAGUGGCAGAGAUGCUGAGAUGAAUGGUGGCUGGAGUAUGUGGGGUCAGUGGGCACAGUGCAGUAGCGAGUGUGGAGGCGGGAUUCAAACCCGGACUCGGACCUGCCAGUCGCCCCCGGAGGAGUCAUACCUGUGUGAGGGUGUGGUGGAGGAGGGCCGGCCCUGCAACUCACAGCCCUGCAUGGGCAAAGGUCGCCAUCUCUCUCGCAGCCAAUCGCUUCGCUCGGUGGACAGCCGCAAGCGUGACGACGUAGACAAGCCCCGCAGCGGACAGCAGAGCCCUCAGACAGUAGACUCAGCUUCAGGUGAGGAGUGGUCAGCGUGGAGUGUGUGUUCUGCCACGUGUGGGGAGGGCUGGCAGAGUCGCACUCGUUUCUGUGUGUCCUCCUCCUACAGCACCCAGUGUAGUGGGCCACUGCGAGAGCAGAGACCUUGCAACAACUCUGCUGUCUGUCCAGCUGCUCUGAUUGCAGUGCAUGGCGCUUGGGACGAGUGGUCACCGUGGAGUUUGUGUUCAUCAACCUGUGGCCGAGGUUACAGGUCCCGAACACGCACCUGUACCCCCCCUCAGUUUGGGGGAGAUCCAUGCGAUGGACCAGAGAAACAGACGAAAUUCUGCAACAUAGCUGUUUGUCCAGUGGAUGGAGUAUGGAAUGAGUGGUCCAGCUGGAGCUCCUGUUCGGCCUCCUGCUCUAAUGGGACCAUGCAAAGAACCAGGGAGUGUAACGGCCCCUCGUACGGCGGCUCGGAGUGCAGAGGAGAGUGGCUGGAGACUGUCGACUGCUUCCUGGGGGAGUGCCCAGUGGAUGGCAAGUGGCAGCCAUGGUCUCUAUGGUCAGGCUGUUCUAAAACCUGUGGAGGGGGGAGCCAGCAGAGAAACAGGAUUUGUUAUGGGCCCUUUUUUGGAGGGCAGUCGUGUCCUGGAGAACGAGAAGAGGUCCGGCGCUGUAAUGAAAAGAGAUGUCCAGAACCUCAUGAAAUAUGUGGUGAGGACAACUUCUCUAACGUCGUGUGGAAGAUGACUCCAGCUGGUGAUACAGCAGCAGUACGCUGUCCUCCCAAUGCCAUGGGGCUUAUCCUGCGCCGCUGCACUCUGGAUGAAGAGGGAAUUGCCUACUGGGAGAACCCCACCUAUAUGAAAUGCAUUUCCAAUGACUAUCGCAGUAUACAAACUUUGACGCGUGAACACUUGUCCAAAGCACAGCGUGGCCUUGUGGGAGAUGGAGUUUCGGAGGUGAUGACCAAAUUGAGGGUGACAUCCAGUGAUGGGACCAGCUACAGCGGUGAUCUGCUAGCCAUCGUAGAUGUGCUGAAGAAUAUGACAGAGAUCUUCAGGAGGGCAUACUACAGUCCCAGCAGUGCAGACAUGCGGAACUUUGUGCAGUCAGUCAGCAAUCUGUUGAUGGAGGAGAACAGGGAGAGAUGGGAGGAAGCACAACUGCUGGGGCCAAACAUCAAAGAGCUGUUCCGUCUGGUGGAGGACUUUGUGGAUGUCAUUGGCCUGAGGAUGAAAGACUUUCAAGACAUGUAUGAAGUCACCGAUAACCUAGUACUGAGCAUCCACAAGCGUCCAGUGAUGGGUCAUGCAGACAUCAGUUUCCCAAUGAAGGGCUGGAGGGGCAUGGUGGACUGGGCCCGCAACUCCGAAGACAGAGUUACCAUCCCCAAGAACAUUCUGUCUACUGGCAAGCCAGAUACAGACGAGUCCUCAACCUUUGUAACCGGCAUCGUUUUGUACAGAAACCUGGGCAGCAUUCUGACCCUGCAGAGAAACAGCACAGUCCUCAACUCCAAGGUUCUGUCAGUAACAAUCAAGCCCACCCCGGCUUCCCUCUCCGCUCCAGUUGUAGUUGAGUUCUCUCAUCUGUACAACGGUACCAGCAACCAGACCUGUAUAUCCUGGGAUGAGAGUGACAGCUCCUCUCUGCUGGGAUCUUGGUCUGCCAGGGGCUGCAAAGCCGUGCUAGUCGACUCAUUCAGAACCAAAUGCGUGUGUGACAGACUGUCCACCUUCGCCAUUUUAGCACGGCUAAAUCCCGAAAUGAACAUGGAUAAGACACAGCUCCCAUCUGUGACGCUGAUUGUGGGCUGUGGAGUAUCUUCACUGACACUGUUGCUACUCAUCAUCAUCUAUGUCUCUGUCUGGAGAUACAUUCGGUCGGAGCGCUCAGUCAUCCUCAUUAACUUCUGCCUCUCCAUCAUCUCCUCCAACGCCCUUAUUCUCAUUGGACAGACGCAGACACGAAAUAAGGUCUUAUGCACCCUGAUUGCUGCAUUUCUUCAUUUCUUCUUCCUGUCCUCGUUCUGCUGGGUUCUUACGGAGGCAUGGCAGUCAUACAUGGCAGUGACGGGCCGCCUCAGAAAUCGCAUUAUACGCAAGCGUUUCCUGUGUCUUGGCUGGGGUCUCCCUGCACUAGUUGUGGCGAUCUCAGUGGGAUUCACCAAGGCAAAGGGAUAUGGAACACCAAGCUACUGCUGGCUGUCUCUGGAAGGAGGUCUUCUUUAUGCAUUUGUUGGACCUGCUGCAGCUGUUGUUUUGGUUAACAUGGUUAUUGGGAUUCUCGUUUUUAACAAACUGGUGUCCAAAGACGGCAUUACUGAUAUGAAACUAAAGGAGAGGGCGGGUCAGAUGACAGUGCCACUGUACAAUAUGACGCUCAAAUGUGCCAAGUGCGGGGUUAUCUCUUCGGCUGACGUUUCCACCACAGCUACCAGUAACGCCAUGGCAUCACUGUGGAGCUCCUGUGUAGUUUUGCCCCUCCUGGCCCUCACAUGGAUGUCAGCUGUCCUCGCCAUCACCGACCGGCGCUCUGCACUCUUCCAGAUACUCUUUGCUGUCUUCGAUUCACUGGAAGGCUUCGUAAUUGUCAUGGUGCACUGCAUCCUGCGCAGAGAGGUUCAGGAGGCAGUAAAGUGCCGUGUGGUGGACCGCCAGGAGGACGCUAAUGGAGAUUCAGGUGGAUCUUUCCAAAAUGGCCAUGCACAGCUCAUGACUGACUUUGAGAAAGACGUGGAUAUGGCUUGCAGAUCAGGCACCAUGAAGCGCUCCUCUCUCCAGGGGGAAGAAAAGGCCUCCUCUGGCACCCUCACUCUUCAGAAGGGUUCUAACUUCAACACCAUGCCGGCCAGCAUGGCCAAGGUUCACCUGCAGAACGUGGCUGACUACACCAGCCACACUCUGACGCUGCGCAGGGAUAAAGGCGCUACGAAAGGAAUCAGUACCGAGCUACCGGGUGCCAAAUCCAUCUACAUCUGCGACGGCGAGCUCUUCAAGCAGCUGGACGGAGAGCUGCCUCGAGGGAACGGUGAGGGCAGCAGCUCCGAGGGCACUGGCAAAGGCCCAGGGUACGUCAUUCUACCCACCAACAACACGGGAACCAUGAAGGGUGGGAAAGAGGAGCAGACUGCCAAGUACAACAUCAGCAUCGAGCAGCUGCCUCAGACCAGACUCAUCCACCUGGCCAACCCUGUCAGCGCAGAGCCUGUGCCUGGCUUUGGGCUGAAGACCCUUCCUGCUGACCAGAUCAGUGUGUCAUGCUCUGACAGAGACUCACCUGCACACAACCUGCAGAACAUGCCCAGAGACUCCCAGGUGGCCAACAGCAUGUGUGACGGGGGAGAUUCCGGAAACUCUGGUGUGAUGUCCAAGAGCGAGACCAUCUCCACACUGUCUAUGAGCUCACUGGAGAGACGAAAAUCACGCUAUGCAGAGCUUGACUUUGAGAAGAUUAUGCACACCCGGAAACGCCACCAGGACAUGUUUCAGGACCUGAACAGGAAGAUUCACAGUGCAGACAAGGAUAGAGAAUCUCCACCUGUUGACGCCAAAGCUGCCAAAAGAUGGAGUGUGUCCUCUGCCAGCAGCGACAAGACCAACAUGAGUCAGGACAAGCAGCAGACCCCGAGUAAGAGGGCAUGGGAGGGCAUAAGGAAGACCCACUCCCCUCCGUCCUGGGUGAAGAAGGACCUGGAGACGGUGGCAGCCUCCCCUCUGGAGUUACAGACCGUGGAGUGGGAGAAAACCAGCGCCACCAUUCCUCUGGUGGGCCAGGAGAUCAUGGACCUGCAGACGGAGGUGUGACCCACAUUGCGACCUCAUGCCGACAACUCCCUUCUUUUCCGAUGCCCUCAGACAAACAAGCUGACACACACCACACACACACACACACUGCCCUGCUCUGUACUUCUACUCAAAGCCCGGAUGGAGCCCAAAUGUGAGAACUGGAGGGGUAAAGAGGGCGAGGAGGAGAGAGAAGGAUUAAAAUAUCAGAAAAUCAAUUAAACCAAUUAAAGAGAGAACAGGAACAUGAUGUCUCUUUCUGUGUUGUUUCAUUUGGUGUUUGGACGGGGUUUUUGUCAUGAAAAUACUUGUCAUCUUCUUGUAUAUGGUCUCAGAUACCACGCUGGCUCACAUAGGAGACAGAUCGCCAAAGUAGCAGAUUCAGCUACUGUAUGUGCAUAAUGUAGUCAUGUAAUAAACUGCAUAGCAAAGGUAAUCAUGCAAUGUUUACCCCUGAAUUAAAUGAAUACAAUGUAAUGAUCAUGAUUAUGUCUUUUUUUUUUCCACUGUUAAAAGUACUGUUGCAUCACUAUUCUGCUCUCUCUCUCUCCUGAUGAACGCUGAUGUUGUACACUGUUCGAGAUGCCCCUGGACUUUUUUUUUUUUUUUUUUUUUUUUUUUUCUUUUAACAUAAAUCUCAACAGGGAAAACGAACAAGGGUUCAUUCUCACAUGCGCCCCCCAGUUGCCAUAACCCCUCCUCCCCUCCCCUCCCCUACAAUUCACCCAAAUCCUGUUGACUCCACAACUUUAUACCCUGUGAUCCUGGUGGCUCAAUGGCGGCCCUGCAGUGACAAGCGAACAGGGGUCCAGGGAGGUUAAAAAAUCGAAGAGCCAAAAACGGCAUGUUGCCUUCUCAUCGAUGGACACCUCAGAGACGCCAGGGAGCAGGCUGGCAGGCUCUGCACUCUACUAAGUCCACAACCUCAAUGCAACAAAGGGACAGCAUGGAUGUCAGUGCAUCCAGAAGGAGCCAUGUUCAACAAACACGCGCUGUCUGGGCCAGUUUCUCGAUGUACAAGCAGGCUUGAUACAGUAAAUGCAAAGUGCGAUGGUGUUUCAAAGAUGCUAAGGAAAAGGGUACUUGUGUGUAUGUAUGUGUGUGGUGAGCAAUGGAAGAUGAGUAAAUGACUAGAUCUAUAAAUAUAUGCGAUGAUGAAUAAAGCUGAUGAUAUAUAAGGCAGAGUUGAUCAGAGGGAUGGUGGCUGCACACGGUGAAAGCACAAGGCUCAUUUGGAGUCCUGAUGUACAGCAUUGUAAUUAUUUCAACAGAGUUCUACAGAAUGGAUUUUAGCCUAUAAAUAUCUUUCUUACUGUGCUUGGGGAUAGUUGUUAUCAUUAUUAUUAAUAUGAACAUGAUUAUUCUGAUACUGAUCCGCCCAUUCCCUCCCCCUUACCUUUAAAGGUACUGGACUAUACGAGUGUUCUGUAUCGCAACGUAACAGUGUGUGUUUUGAUAUCACCGCCAGUCACUCCUUCAGAUCUGUAUUUGUCGAAACCCCCGACCUCAGACCUCUGACCCCCUGAUCUGCACCCCACCCUGCCACACACAUCCCUCCUGACCCCCCUUCACUCCCCUUUUUAUUUUACUGGGGUCACCUCUUUGUUAAUGUACAGUUUUCAGAGCACAAAAUGAAUGUGUCUUAUUUCUAAUAAAAGCAUAUAAGUAUAUAAUAAA